GGGGGCACGGCCGGGGGUGGGCUGAGGGGUGGGCACGUCUCCAGCACUGGGCGCGGCCUGGGACCUUCCUGCCCUGGGGGCCGGCGCCUGAGAGCCCUGAGCCCGUCCCGGUCGCUUGGGUUCUCGGUCAGGGACCCUUGUCACCAAUGCGCACCCCGGACAGGGCAGAUCAGAGCCGCCCCCCAGCUGCUCUACCCAGAGGGACAAGCCCCCAGCCCGACUCGUCGCCCCCCCAUCCCCUCGGCAGAGCCCCCCCAGCCCCCUGGGCAGAGCUGGAGCCCGGCUGGGGCCCGUUGCCAUGCCGGCGCCUGGUUGCUAGGUUUCGCUCGGAGCCGGCGUGGGCUGCAGCACGUUGUGCCAAACCUUGUAAUUUGUGCACUUGCAGCAUCUCUCGGGGUGAUGGGGGGGGGGUCCCUGCGUAAAGCCUGGGGGGGCCUGAGCCCUGACCCCCCUUCAGCGUGUUCAUUCCUCCGUACCCCGUGUGGCAGGCUCAGUGCUGAGCCCGCAGGCCCCUCCCAGAGGGGUCAGAGAACCCAGGCGUCCUGGCUCUAACCACUAAACAGAGCUGCCCCCUCCUCCGGCAGGGCUGGGGGGGUGACGUGACACGGCGGGGGGAGGCCCUUUCAGAUGAGGGGGGCAGGUACCACACUCCAUCGCCUUGCAGAGGCCCCAGCGCUGCUGGGGGGCGGGAUCCCCAUUAACCCAGCAAUGACCCUGCACGGGCCCCAGGCUGAACUGAGCCCGUCAGCAGCCACGGCAGUGCCAUGGACCCAGGGCACUGGCCCGCGCGGGGCUCCGGCACCCCCUGGAUCUACCGGAGCAUCUCGGGGGAGUACGCGUGUCUGGAGAAGCGCUUUGCGGCUGAGCUGUGGCCGGCCCGGCGCCCGGGGCCCCGUGGGCACCAGGACCCCACGUGGAGCAAGACGAUUCUUCUCCCCCAGCCGCCCUCCAGCAGCGACCCCCGGGGCCUGCGGCUGCUGGGGAAGGGGGCGCGAGGGGACCGGGACGCCCCCAGCGAGAGGAAGCCGAGGGGCGUCUCGGAGGGCAGGAGGGGCCUGGGUUGGGCGGCCCCCCCGGAGAGGAGGGGGCAGGGGGCAGCGGCCGGCGUCCUGGGCAGGAGGCGGCUGGCAGGGAGUGCCGUGGAGGUGCUCCCAGCUGGGCCCCCCAGCUAUGAGACCCACAUGCUGAGACGGCUCCGGGCGGGGCAGGGCAGCCGCAAACCGAACGCGCCACGGCCCCCGCCCUACAUCUCGCCCCCUGCCUACGACGCGCCCCACCGCACCCUCCCCACCAAGCGGCCCCGCACCGCCCCCAAGCCGCCGGCCGCCAAGCGGGGCCGGCCAGCGCCCCAUGGGACAGGGCCCGCUGGAGGCAGCCCGGAGCCCGCUCCCGGCUCAGGCGGCCCCCGGCAGCGGCUGGCCACGCUCCCCCAUGAGGUCCUGGGUGGCUGGAGCUACCACGCGGGGUCGGGCUCCCUGGGGCGCCGUGCCAGGUCGGGGCUGGAGGGCGCAGUGCAGUCCACGGCCCGGGGCGGCUCGGCCGAGUCCCUCUUCCGCCCGCUGUCCAGCCCAGACGGUGGCAGCCACACGCUGCCCCGGGCAGCCGGAGGGGCUGGCAGGGCCCGCAGCCCCAGGGGCUGGGAUGCGGCGGGGCCUGGCUCUGCCCCGGGCCGGCAGCGACUCCCCUCCGGCUGGGGCUUUGGCUACGCGCCCAGCUCCGCGGGCAGCGCCAGGAGUGGGCAGCGGGAGGGCUGGGAGCAGAGGGGCCGGCCAGAACGCAGGGCGCCCCCCUCUCCCCGCCCCGUGGGGAAGGCACCUGACCAGUCCCCCAGAGCCGAAGGCCGAAGCCGGCAUGGGGGUGUCUUUGUGAUCGAUGCCACCUGCGUGGUGAUUCGCGCCGAGUACAUCCCGCCCCCGCGGCGGGAGCAGGUGCGGCUCCUGGGGUCCCCCCCGCCCCGGGACUCGGCCUCUCCAUGCCAGAGGCUGCUCCUGGCCAGCCGACCCCACCUUGGGGCCUCCGAGCGGGCGGCAGGGCCCCCACCCCCUUCCCCUGGGGAUGGCUCCCUGGGGGAGAGGGCGGCUCGGAUCUUGGGGCUCCCCGCGGCCGAGCUGGGCCUGGAGGGACCACAGGGGGCCUGUGCCCAGCGAGAGGACCCCGGGCGCUGGGGCCAGCAGGCGGGAGCAGCUCUUCCGGGCAGCCCAGAGCCGCUGGUGGGGGGCCCCAGAGUACAUGGGCUGCCCAGUCCGGCCGCUUCCCCCGAAGACCCGCCUGGGGUGCCGGGGGGCAGGGAGACCCCUGGGGACGGCACCAAUCCAUCUGUGGGGCCGGGGCCGGGUUGGGGCAGGGAGGCUCCUGGGGACGAGCCGCAGGCCCUGCCCCCCCGAACCCGGCCCUGCGCCAAGCGCCCGGCGCUCUGCACCCGAGACCUGCGCGAGGCCGUGUCCCGCAUCCGCCGCCACACGGCGCCCGACUCGGACACGGACGAGGAGCCCGAGGGCCCGGCCCCGCGUGGCCACAUGGCCUGGAGGGGGCGCCCGCGCCACGGGGCCCUGGCCUACAGCAGCAGCAGCCUGGAAAGCAGCGGCUCCGACACCACCGUCGUCCCGGCUGGCGAAGGGGGACCCCCGGGGGCGGUGCCAGAGGCCGGGGAACCAGGGCAGGAGGCCUGGGGCGGGGGCCAGGAGGGGGUGGAGAUGAGUGGGGCAGCGGAGCCCAGAAGGGGGUGAGGGCGAUGGAGGGGGCCUGCCCUGCUCGUGCGCCCUGCGCUUUUCUUCCCUCGCCCCUGCCCUCCUCUCGCCUUCUCACAUGUCGAGGAGGGGCGGGGCCUGGUAGGGCGUGCUCAGGAGGGGCGGGGCCUGGUAGGGCGUGCCCGAGAUGGGCGGGGCUUGGCGAGGUGUGGCUUGGUGGGGCAGGGCCGAGCCUGGCAACUCAAAUACCCCUUAGCUUUGGGAGGAGACGGAUGGAAGGGGAGGACCGGCUUAGACCCAGCUAGGACCCCGGGCCGGGCUCCUGUGUAGCCUGGGGGGGUGCACCUCCCCGGUGGGGGUGAAGGGAGGGCAGGCCCCUCAGAGCCAGCGUGGCGUCCCAGGCCCUGGCGCCGUUCCGGGCAGAGCCGUAACAAGGCAUUUCAGCGCCCGUGGUGAGCGAGCGUAUUUGCACACACGCCCAUCGGGUUUGGUCAUCGUUUUUCCACCCCCCUGUGGCUUUGCACCCGGCUCACCCUGCCCUGGACACGGCCCUGCUGGGGGCAGUUAACGGAGCAGUCUGUGUCUGUGUCUCUACCCCAGACUCUUCUGUGUGAAUCGAACCUGCUGUAAAAUAAACCCCCCUGGGGGCCUGUGCCCCGGCCUUGCU